AUGAAAGUUAUCGGUCUCGUAAAUAUUUCAGAAUAAUGGAGUUUAUAUUUGGCAAAAAAACUUAAAAAUAGAUGAUUAAUUAUAUUGUGUUUACGUACAACAAUUCAAAAAUUAAAAUUUUAUUAGUAAUUGGAAAUCAAAUUUUAUUAUUUGAAAAGACAAAAAAAAAUAUAUAGAACGCGAUCUAACAAUCUGAAAAGUAAGGAAAAAUUUUUUUUUAUGACGAUUAAUGGUCAUCUGCGAAGCAAAAUUUCGACUGUCCCGGCCAAAGGUUGAAACCAAAUUUAUAUUAGUAAUCAUUGGAAUCAAAUUUAAAACUUUUGAAAUCAAUUUUAUAACUUGUAGAAUUAUUGUGCUUCUUAUAUUAUUGCUUUCUUAUGUUUUGUUUAGAGUGAUCAAUUUUGUGAUUAAAUUUAUAAUAGUAAAAUAAAGUUAAAAAAAUAUUCUUGUGUUGAAAAGAUUUUUAAAGAAACGAAACGAAGAGAAUACAUACGAAAAUUGUCAAGUGCAAAAAUAUUAAGGAUCGUUUUCAUAAUUGCAUAAAAGAAGAAAAAUCAACAGAAAACCAAAUACUAAUGUUUAAAAAAAAUAAGAAAGAAAUUCUCAAAAUUUCUUAAAAACAAUUGAGUAUUAAAUUAAUUAAAAAGCCGGUAACGUGUUUUAAUUAUAAAAGCCUUAGCUAAAAAACUUAUUACUAAAAAUAAUGAAAACAAAAAUGAAUAAAAAUAAUGGAAAAGAAAAGCUUCUCUAUAAAUAUUAAUAUAUUUUUAAAUGACAAAAAUACGUAAGAAAACCAAAAAGAAAAAAAGGAAACAAAUAAGUAGUUAAUUUUUACUCUUAUUUUACAACAAACAUUUUAUUUACUUAUGUAAAUAUUUAUAUGUAUGUAUAUAUAGGAAAAAUUAAUUUUAGUAAAAUAAGAAAAUAUUUAUAAAAAUAACAAUUAAAACAUAAAUGCUGCACCAUGAAUCUAUAUUGGUUAUUACUUGUGAUAUUUGAAUUAUUUAUAUUACCUCAAAAUUUAUUUGUUUGUGGUGGUGGCGGUGCUCUUGAGGAAAGAGCAUCUUCUACUAUUGGAUCAGUAAAUUCACAAUAUCAUCCACCACAUCAGUACCAUCAAAACUAUCAUCCAUCGUAUCAACAGCAUCAACAACAACAGCAACAGCACCAUCAUCAACAACAACAACAACAUCAAAAGCAACAACAACAACAGCAGCACUCACAAAAUUAUCCAUCAUCGGCGCCACAGUCACAAUUGCCACCAUCGUCAGGAACAGUUAGUAAAAAUGCUGCUGGUAGUAUUGGAAUUGGAGUUGGGGUUAGCGGUAGCAUUGGUGGUAAUAGUGGAAGUGGUAGUGUUUACACAUCUUUAUCGUCGAAUGCUGUUACCGCUGGUAGCGGACAAUUAGAUCAUCAUAAAAAUUCAUAUAAUUUAUUAAGUGAAGCAAUGUCACAAGCUGUUAGUCAUGAAUUUAGACAAAGAAUUGAUUGUGUGCAUCGUCCCACAAAUAUUUUGUGUUCUUUAGGAAGUGGAUCUGCUGAUGGAGCGUGUCAUGCGGACGAUUUAGAUUGUUUUAAUGUUCAAGAUCGUUUAGGUAUGGAAGCAAUCAGAUCAUUACAUCGACAAUUAGAUGACGAUGAUAACGGCAAUAUUGACUUAAGUGAAUCUGAUGAUUUUCUUAGAGAAGAAUUAAAAUACGAUUCGGGAUAUGAGAAACGUCAGAAAGCAUUUCAUUACAACGAUGAUAUGCAUAUAUCUGUUAAAGAGCUGUGGGAAGCGUGGCUUCGGUCUGAGGUUCACAAUUGGACCAUCGAGCAGACAACAGAUUGGCUAGCACAAUCUGUUCAAUUGCCACAAUAUGUUGAUUUAUUUAAACAACACAAAGUUACUGGUGCAGCUUUACCAAGACUUGCAGUAAAUAAUAUGCAUUAUGUGAGUAAUGUGCUCGGUAUCAAAGAUCCAAUUCAUAAACAAAAAAUCGCAUUGAAAGCAAUGGAUGUAGUAUUAUUCGGCCCGCCGAGAGAAACUGGUACAAGAUGGAAAGAUUAUAUAUUGGUGACAUUAUUAUUAAGUGCUAUUAUUGGUUGCUGGUACGCAUAUCAGCAAAAUAAAAAUGCAAAAAGACAUUUAAAACGUAUGGCACAGGAUAUGGAAGGAUUACAAAAGGCUGAACAGGCUCUACAAGAGAUGCAAAAAGAAUUAGAAUUAGCCCGUAUGGAACAAGAAAAUGUUGCAACUGAAAAAUUAGAUUUAGAACGACGACUUAAGGAAGCACCAACAUUAUCAUCAUCAAAUUCAGAUUUAGAACUUCAACAAUUAAAGGCUGAAAUUGAAAUGUUAAGAUCAGAACUAUCUAGAGCUGAAAUUGAAUUAGUUGAUCAUUGUUGGUCACCACCACCACAAUUACAAACAUGGUUACAAUAUACUUAUGAAAUAGAAAGUAGACAUCAUUUAAGGAAGCGUUUGGCAGCAGAAAAACAAUUACAGUCGGCACGUGAAGCGUGUGAGAAAUUACGACGUAAACGUUCAAGUUUAGUUGGAGCAUUUGUAUCCACACAUGGUAAAAGUAUUGAUGAUGUUGAUAGAUCAAUUGUUGAAGCACGUAAUGCUCUUAGUGAAGUAACAAACGAAUUGCAAGAACGAUUACAUCGUUGGAAACAAAUUGAAAUAAUGACAGGAUUUACAAUUGUCAAUAACAACGGUAUAUCGUAUUUAGAAAAUAUAUUAUAUAAUCGUAAUGGAACGGCAAACAGUAUAACUGGUAAAAGUUCCAGAGGUCGAAUUACAAAUAGCACAGAUGAUCUUGACGAUGAUUCUGUACAAGCGAAUUCAUCCGACCAAAAAGCGCGGACGCGUUCCCGAUGGACAAGCAUUAUCAAAACUAUACGAGCAGCAAGACACCUUCGAAUGCAGCCAUCGGAAGGAGUUACUUUGGUGGAAACAAUAUCUCCCAAACAUCAAGUCCAACCGGAAUCUUUAACUUCAACAUUAAACCCUCACCUCAAUCAGUAUCAGCAACAGCCGGAUUUUCAGCAACAGCAACUAUCACCGCACCAACAACAGCAGACACAUCCUCUAAGUGCAAUAGCGAAAAUAUCCGAAGCUCUUAUGUUUCCACCGGUUCGGCAACUGCAUUCAUAUCCAAAUUUAGCAACGGGACAAAACUCCCCCCCGCAACAACAACAGCAACAGCAUCAGAUACCGGCAAAUCGAGUUCGUCAACGGUCUGGUUCACUAAUAUCAACGACGCUACCACAAGCGAUAAAUGUUACAUCAAUAACUACAACACCCAAUCAUCCACAACUUCCGUCGCCGACAGCAACGGAAACACCCACCGACUUGUAUCAGGAUCGGAUGGAUCUAGUGAGAGAUAUCCAACAAUUACAACAGCAAAUGCAACAGCAGCAACAACAGCAACAACAACAACAGCAGCAAAUUUAUCAAAUACAGUUUCAACAACCAGAGCAAAUGGAAAAGAGUGGCCCACCUCAUCCCACCAUGCGGUUAUUAAACCGUCGUCAUACAGUGAUUCCCAAAUCGAAGACACAAAUUCAACCGAUUCCUCUAGCAUCGGAGAUGUCAAUGACAAAAAACAACGUCGAAAACUACGUUUACCAUUUGGUAAAAAGUCAAAUAAAACAAAACUCGCAUAAUGCGGAAUUUAGUAUACCAUCUGUUACGUCCUCAAAUUUACACAAACCAGUCGUUAUUGCUGCAAAUUCUUCAUCUGCACUGGUUAAUAGUGCUGAUGAUAAUUAUGAUAAUGUUGAAGUUAUCGAUUAUGAUGAUGAUUUCGACAAUGAAGAUCUCAAUGAUGAAAUAAGUUUGUUAAAAAGAGAUCCUUCAAUAAUAACAAUUGUUCCAACAUCAAAAAUAAAAAACGUUGAUAAAGUUAACAGUGCUGCUACAGGCUCUGCAGCUGGAGGUUACAAAGCAGAUCCAGAUAAUUUAAACAUGACAUUAAUUUCAAAUGAAUCUGCAACCUAUGAUCCUAUUCAUAAUAAAUGGUGUCAUAAAAAUCCAGAUAAUGAAACGACAAUAACUGAAAAUUCAAAUUUUGUCCAAAAGAGAAGGAAAUCAACAUCAAGUAAUAAAAAUGAUGAAAUGAUUACAUGUUGUGAUGGUAAUAAUGAAAUUGGUGAUAAAAUUUUUAAACAAGAAAAAAUUAAUGACAACAUUAGAUGAAAAAUAUAAAUUAUUAUUUAUUAUUAUAUUAGUCAUAAUUAUUUCCAUAAUUAUUUUUAGUAUGUUGGUUAAAAUUAACUUUAACUUCAUAAAAUUAAAGAAACCUUAUUAUAUUUGUAUGUGUCCUGAUGAAUAAAAUGUCUUGAUUCUUCUAAAAGCAAAAUUUCAUAGAGUCUCAAAAUACAAUACAAUUUUUUUUAAUUUUAUUAUUUUGCUUUUAACGCAUUACUGUUUAGGACAAGUAAAAUUCAAAUUCAAAAAUUAUUGGAAUUAACUAUAAUGAAUUUAAGAAAUUUUAAAAAGUAACAUUUUAAAAAAAAUGCUGAAUUUAAAAGAAUACAUAUUUAUUGUAUAAUUAUUAAAAUAGUUUCAUAUUUUUUUAUAAAAGUAUUGAUUUAUUCGAUAACUUAUAUAAAACUAGUUUAUUCUUAUUUUAUUUUAAUAUUUUUUUAUUACAAUAUUAUCUUAGUUUAUACACAAAUAUUUGUUCUAAUUUAUAUUUUUUCUAGAAUACCAAUAUUUGAAAAAAAAAAUGUUUAAGGGACUGUUAAGUUGCAACCUCUGCAUUUUAGCAGUACAUGAAUAAAAACAUAUACAAAGUUUGAUGUUUAUUUCAAAAGACUUUAAAAGUGAAUUGUUAUAACAUGUAUGUAUGUAUAUAUGAGCUUAAAGAUCGAAAAUUUCGAAAGAUGAGUAUGUAUUUUGAAUUGAUUUUGUCGAAUAAUGUCAUUGAAUAUAGAUAAUUUUUUUUGUUUUUUCGUCCUUCUAUAGAAUGCUUUCUUAUUAAUGAAAUUUAUAAUAUUUGAUAAUAAUUUUCAAAAUGUAUUUACAUUUUUUGAUCAAUAUUAUAAAUUUAAUUAUAAUUUUUAAAUUCAAAUGUAUUUAAUUUCUUUUUCAUCCAUGUCUACAAAAGGAAUACAAAUUAGUUUUUGACUAUAAAGCAAGUUUAUAAACACCAAAUAAUAUUCUAAUAUUCUAACUUGAAAGAAAAAAAAGUACAAAUAUUCAAAAAUAGAAAAUAAGAAAAUAAUAAGAAAUAUGAACUGUAAACAUGUUUUUCAUAUAUAAUUAUCCGCAUAAAAAUAUAAUUAUUGUGCAUAUUUUAUGUAUAUAUUGUAUUUAGAUAAUGAUAUGCAUAGCAAAAAAUUUAAUGUGUACAUUAUACUAAAAUGAAAGCAAAGUCAAAAUAUAAUUUUUCUUUAAACAAAACAUUAAAGGUCUUGUACUCUCUAUUCAAAUUCGUUUGGAAUAUUAUUCAAUUCGACGAAUAUUAUUAAGGAUUUUCUUGACAUUUUUACAAAGCAUCGCUCUAUGACAAAUUUUGCCACGUAUAAUCCAUAAAAUAAAAUUCUACAAGAGGUGAAAAACAUUUUAAGCGAAACGUUGAAAUUUUUUAUAGUGCAUUAUUUUAUUUGAAUAAUUGUUUCAUCUCAUUAUUUCAUGAUAUUUUUUCUCACUAUUCGUAAUAAAAAUUUUAUAAUAGGUAUAGGCGAUUUAAGAAAUUAAAGUGAAUUAGUUUAUUGUGCUUUUUAAAAUGAUAUUAAAAUGUUUUUACAAUAUGAGGUUGCCAAAAUACAAAUGAAAGUGGUUUGAAAUUGUAAAAUAUAAAAAAAAAAUAUGUUUUGUAAUAUCUACAAAUAUGUUGAACUGUUAAAGAUUUUUGUAAUUAAGUGGAAUUGAUUUGUAAGUAUGCAUCAAUUCUCUUAUAAAUUUUUCCAGUGGUUUAUAAUUAUUAAAACUGGAUAAAUAAAUAGCAUUGUCUAUUUUGAACAUGACUACCGAAAACCAGUUCGACUGUUAAAUCUUUGUUCUAUUCAUAAUUCACAUUUCAUAUUAAUUUGAAAACAAAAGCAAUAUUCAAAGCAUAUAUUAAUUAAAAAUAACUUUCUACAACUUGUAUCCUUCUCAAUAUUUAUAAUUUAUGUAUUCAUUUAUAUAAUUCUUAUUGAAUUUGAGUUAUGGCAAAUAAAUUUAAUAGCUGCAUUUGAUAUCAUAUCAUAUGAAUUUUAAAUGAAGAAUUUUUUAAUAUACUAUUGGAAUCUCUAAUUCGAUUGAAUUUUAUUACACAGUUUCAUCUAAAUUCGCAUAUGUUUUAUUAAUUCAUCCUGUACCAUUCCAAUUGAAUAUUAUAUGUAAAAUUAAUAUUAUUUUAUCGUUUAUAAAUGGACAAAAAUAUUUGAAAAGCUUUAUAAUGCAAAAUAUUUUUAUAUAAAGUAAAAAAUACAUUUGUGUAUAUUUUUUGUUUAAUGAAAUAUCUAAUUUUAUUAUAAUAAUAUCUUCACAUUUUAUUAAUUGCUCUCCCGAAUUGUGACAAAAAUUUUCUUAUAAAAAAAAUAAAAUUGUGAUAGUAUUGUAAGUAUAGUAAGAAAUAAAAAAUAUGAGCAUGUUGCAUAUUGGUAAUUUUAAUGAAGGAAACAUAGAUAUAUUGUAAAAAUAAUCUUAUUUAAAGAGAAGAAAAUGAACUUAAAAAAUGUGUAUAUUACGCGUAUUAUGAUGUAGUAAAUUUAAUAAAAUAUGAAAAUAAAUUAUAAUAUUGUUAAUGCGUUUAGAAAUUAUUGAAUUAAAAUAUUUUAAAUUAAAAUUGUAGAAUAUUCAAAAUUUGUCCGUUUUUCCGUCACUUAAAUUUUAAGUUCUAAUUAAAAUAAAUCCUUUUCAUAUUUCAAAAAGGUUUUAAUUUUAUUUAAACAAUUGUUUCAUGCACUUUAAUACUACGAAUUAAUUUACUUAUAACAUACAAAAAAAAAAAAAUUAAGAGAUGUUAUGCAUGUCCUCUUUUUCAACAACUUAAUUUUGUGCGUUUAUAUAUUGUAGGAAUAAUAUUUUAUAAUAUCGCAUGAAAUUUUGAUUUCAUGAAUAUAUUUUAAAUUAUUAACUUGUAAUUAUAAUUACAUUAAUACUUAAUGAUUAAAAUAUAAUAUUAUUUAAUAAUUAAAAUUUGGUAAAAUCCUAAGAAGAUUGAUGAUUUUAGGUUUGAUUUUAGCUUAAUAUUUGAUGGCAAUAAUUGCCUAAAUAUAUUGUAAUGUUUUCUUGAAAUAUUGUACAUUAUAAGAUUGUAUUAAAAUAAAUUAAAUUUAAAUGAAUUAGGUUAAAAGUAUUUGAGUCUAUUACUUUUUUAAAGUAAAGUAAAU